GUGAGCGCUCCCGGGCAGACGCUGCUCCCCUUCCCCCCCGGCGCCGGCUCCCGGGGCGAGCCAACAUGGGGUUCCUGCACCAGCUGCAUCUCCUGCUCUGGAAGAACGUGACUCUCAAGCGCAGGAGCCCGUGGGUGCUGGCCUUCGAGAUCUUCAUCCCCUUGGUCCUCUUCUUCAUCCUCCUGGGGCUGCGGCAGAAGAAGCCCACCAUCCCCGUGAAGGAAGCUUUCUACACAGCAGCCCCUCUCACCUCGGCUGGGAUCCUGCCGGUGAUGCAGUCCUUAUGCCCUGACGGCCAGAGAGAUGAGUUUGGAUUCCUGCAGUAUUCCAAUUCCACCGUGACCCAGCUCCUGGAGCGGCUCAAUGAGGUGGUGGAAGAGAGCAACCUGUUUGACCCGAAUCACCCUGGGCUGGAGGAGGAGCUGGAGUCCCUGCGGCGGCAGCUGGAGUCCCUGAGCAACAGCGAGCCCAGCUCCAUGGAGACCCACUUCGACAGCCGGGCAGCGUCCGGCAUCACGCUGGGCUCCGUGGUGAAGGACCAGAGUGAACUUCAUCGCUUCCUCACUCGGAACCUCUCCUUGCCCAGUGAGACGGCCCAGCUGCUGCUAGGCUCCAACAUCAACCUCAAGGAGGUCUAUCGCCUGUUUUUUGGCUCCUCGCCUGCCUCGGCGGACGACGCCCACGAGAGAGAGCCCUGGAACCGGUUCAGCACUGGGGAGAAGAUUCUCCAGCUGGAGGAGAGCCUCCUGGGCGGGUGGAGGAACCUGGAAGAUGGGCUGAUCCACAGGGCUCUGCGCGACCCCAAGAGAUCCACCCACAGGCAGGCGCUGCUGCACCUCCUGUCCCAGGCCCUGGGCCUGGCCGGCGCACCCUCUGAGGCCUCUGCUUCCUACAGCCCCCAGGCCUUUGUGAAGGAGAUGGAGAGCGUCCUCUUCACGCCAUCGGUGCUAGAGCACCUGACCUGUGACCAGGAUCAGGAGGAACUGAAGCAGAUCCUGACUGUCCCGGGCAGCCGGCAGCCCUGGCUGCGGGCCUACCGGGCCACCAUCUGCAACGGGAGCGCCAGCGUCCGCCUGGAGCACUUCACACAGCUGGCCAUGGAGCUCAAGGAGCAGCUGGAUGUGCACAAAGUCAUCAGCAGGCUCAGGCUGGACGAGGUGAACAGCACAGCGGCCCAGCACCGGCUCCACGCCCUCCUGGAGGACCUCGUGGAGAUGGAGAAGGUUCUGAAGGACGUGGACAUCCUCUCGGCUCUGGCCAAGCUGCUGCCCCAGGGCGCCUGUGCCAGCAAAGCACCCCCGCCCGCCACCAACAGCACCAGCUGGGGUGGCAACUUCACCACCAGCACCAACUCCACCAUGGAGGAGGGUGACAGGGAGCCCAUAGGAGAGAAUCCCCAGGGCCAGCGCUCGGCCUUUGUGCAGCUCUGGGCAGGACUGCAACCCAUCCUGUGUGGGAACAACCGCACCAUUGAACCCGAGGCCCUGAAGCAGGGCAACAUGAGCUCCUUGGGCUUCACCAGCAAGGAGCAGCGUAACCUGGGACUGCUGGUGCACCUCAUGACCAGCAACCCCAAGAUCCUGUACUCGCCUGUCGGGACGGAGGUGGACAAGGUCAUCCUGAAGGCCAAUGAGACCUUUGCCUUCGUUGGGAAUGUGACUCGCUACGCCCAGGUCUGGCUGAACAUCUCCUCUGAGAUCCGGGGCUUCCUGGAGGAGGGCAAACUGCAGCGACGGAUCCGCUGGCUUCAGGAGUUCACCACCGACAUCCACAAACACCCAGAGAUCCUGAACGCCUCGGACAACAACCUCCUCCGCAGCUUCAUCGACGGCAACUUCUCGCUGCCCAACACCAGCGCCCUGCUGCAGCAGCUGGACACUAUCGACAACGCCGCCUGCGGCUGGAUCCAGUUCAUGUCCAAGGUCAGCGUGGACAUCUUCAAGGGCUUCCCCGAUGAGGAGAGCAUUGUGAACUACACGCUGAACCAGGCGUACCAGGACAACAUCACGGUGUUCGCCAGUGUGAUCUUCCAGACCAACAGGGAUGGCUCCCUGCCCCCCCACGUGAUGUACAAGAUCCGGCAGAACUCCAGUUUCACCGAGAAGACCAACGAGAUCCGACGGGCGUACUGGCGACCGGGCCCCAACACGGGCGGGCGCUUCUACUUCCUCUAUGGUUUCGUGUGGAUCCAGGACAUGAUGGAGCGAGCCAUAAUCAACACCUUUGUGGGCCAUGACGUGGUGGAGCCUGGCAAUUACGUGCAGAUGUUCCCGUACCCGUGUUACACCAGGGACGACUUCCUGUUCGUCAUCGAGCAUAUGAUGCCCUUGUGCAUGGUGAUCUCCUGGGUGUAUUCGGUGGCGAUGAUGAUCCAGCACAUUGUGGCGGAGAAGGAGCAUCGGCUGAAAGAGGUGAUGAAGAUGAUGGGCCUGAACAACGCAGUCCACUGGGUGGCCUGGUUCAUCACUGGCUUUGUCCAGCUCUCCAUCUCCGUCACCGCGCUCACCGCCAUCCUGAAAUACGGCAAGGUCCUGAUGCACAGCGACGUCUUCAUCAUCUGGCUCUUCCUCGCCAUCUACGCUGUGGCCACCAUCAUGUUCUGUUUCCUGGUGUCCGUGCUCUAUUCCAAGGCCAAGCUGGCCUCAGCCUGCGGGGGAAUCAUCUACUUCCUGAGCUAUGUCCCCUACAUGUACGUCGCCAUCCGGGAGGAAGUGGCACACGACAAGAUCACGGCCUUCGAGAAGUGCAUCGCUUCUCUCAUGUCGACCACGGCCUUCGGGCUGGGCUCCAAGUACUUUGCGCUGUACGAGGUGGCCGGUGUGGGCAUCCAGUGGCACACCUUCAGCCAGUCGCCUGUGGAAGGCGACGACUUCAACCUGCUGCUCUCCAUGAUGAUGCUGAUCGUGGAUGCCGUGGUCUACGGUGUGCUGACGUGGUACAUCGAGGCCGUGCACCCAGGCAUGUACGGGCUCCCCCGGCCCUGGUACUUCCCCUUCCAGCAAUCCUACUGGCUCGGGAACGGGCGGGUUGAAACCUGGGAGUGGACCUGGCCCUGGUCUAGAACCACCCGCCUCAGCAUCAUGGAGGAGGAUCAGGCCUGCGCCAUGGAGAACAGGCGGCUGGAGGAGAUGCGUGGCAUAGAGGAGGAGCCGAACCACCUGCUGCUCGUCGUGUGUGUGGACAAGCUCACUAAGGUCUACAAGACGGACAAGAAGCUGGCACUGAACAAGCUGAGCCUGAACCUCUAUGAGAACCAAGUGGUGUCCUUCCUGGGGCACAAUGGGGCAGGCAAGACCACCACCAUGUCCAUCCUGACUGGCCUCUUCCCCCCAACCUCGGGCUCUGCUACCAUCUACGGCCAUGACAUCCGGACGGAGAUGGAUGAGAUCCGGAAGAACCUGGGCAUGUGUCCCCAGCACAAUGUGCUCUUCGAUAAGCUGACGGUGGAGGAGCACCUCUGGUUCUACUCGCAGCUUAAGAGCAUGGCGGAGGAGGAGAUCCGCAAGGAGAUGGACAAGAUGAUUGAAGACCUGGAGCUGUCCAACAAGCGGCACUCCCUGGUGCAGACUCUGUCAGGAGGAAUGAAGAGAAAGCUGUCAGUGGCCAUCGCCUUUGUGGGGGGAUCGCGGGCUGUUAUCUUGGAUGAGCCCACUGCUGGCGUUGACCCGUAUGCACGUAGGGCUAUUUGGGAUCUGAUCCUCAAAUACAAACCUGGAAGGACCAUCCUGCUCUCCACACAUCACAUGGACGAGGCCGACCUGCUUGGGGACCGCAUCGCCAUCAUCUCCCAUGGCAAGCUCAAGUGCUGCGGCUCCCCACUCUUCCUCAAGAGCACCUACGGGGAUGGCUACAAGCUGACGGUGGUGAAGAAGCAGUCAGACUCCAGGAACGGCACAGACUCGGGGCAGACGCACAGCCCUCCUUCCCACUCCUCCGCCAGCCCCUGCUCCGAGCCCCGCGUCACCCAGUUCAUCAAGAAGUACGUGACCUCCUGCCUGCUGAUCUCCAACACCAACACGGAGCUCUCCUACAUCCUGCCCAGUGAGGCCGUCAAGAAGGGCUGCUUCGAGAGGCUCUUCCAGCACCUGGAGCAGAGCCUGGGGGAGCUGGAGCUGACCAGCUUCGGGCUGAUGGACACUACGCUGGAGGAGGUCUUCCUCAAGGUGUCGGAGGAGGACCUUUCCCUGGAGAACAGCGAUGUUGACAUGAAGGAGUCCAAGAAAGACUCGCUGCAGCCACUGGCUCCCCAGAUGGGCCUGAAGCCCGAGGCCAACGGGGAGCCCCUUCCUGACACGGAGGCACCCGAGAAGCCAGAGGUGGAGCUCAGCAACCUGGUGGCCUGCUCCAACCUGGCCCAGUCACAGGCGUCUCUGCGCUCGGCUUCCUCUGUGGGCUCCGUGCGGGGCGAUGAAGGUGGGGCUUAUUCGGAGUUCUAUGGGGAUUACUCUCCGUUGUUUGAUAAUCUGCAGGACCCUGAUAACGUCAGUCUGCAAGACCAAGAGGCUGACGCCGAGGCUGCGGACCAGCCCCUGGGGGGACAGGGGAGCUUUAAGCUGGAGGGCUCCUGGCUCAGGCUGCGCCAGUUCCACGGGCUGAUCGUCAAACGCUUCCACUGUGCCAAGCGCAACACCAAGGCCCUCUUCUCGCAGAUCCUGCUGCCCGCCUUCUUCGUCUGCGUGGCCAUGACGGUGGCGCUCUCUGUGCCCGAAAUAGGUGACCUGCCUCCUCUGAUCCUCUCGCCAUCCCAGUAUCACAACUACACCCAGCCCAAGGGCAACUUCAUCCCCUAUGCCAAUGAGGAGCGGCGCGAAUACCGCAUAAAGCUGUCGCCCGACGCCAGCCCCCAGCAGCUUGUCAACACCUUCCACCUGCCCUCCGGGGUGGGGGCCACCUGUGUGCUGAAGACGGCCUUCAAUAGCACCCUGGACCAGCUGGUGCAGACCCUGAACCUCAACAGCAACGAGUCCAAGAUGCUGGCAGCCAAGUACUUUGAUGCCAUGUGCGUCGAUUCCUUCACCCAGGGCCUGCCGCUCUCCAACUUCGUGCCGCCGCCCCCAUCCCCGGCCCCCUCCGACUACCCCGUCUCCCUGGAUGACGACAUGGUGCACGCCUGGAACUCCACCACGUACCCCUCCACCGUCAAAGAGACCAUCACUUUGGCCCCGUCCCUGCCCCACAUCAUCCACGAGCCCAUCAAAUGCACCUGCUCCAUGCAGGGGACCGGCUUCUCCUGUCCCAGCGGCGUGGGAGGCCACCCACCCCAGAUGAAGGUGGUGACAGGGGACAUCCUGGCAGACAUCACAGGGCGCAACGUCUCGGAGUAUAUGCUGUACACGUCGGACCGCUUCCGGCUGCACAGGUAUGGAGCGAUCACUGUUGGCAACGUCCAGAAAUCCAUCCCAGCAUCCUUUGGCACCCAGGCCCCACCCAUGGUGCGGAAGAUCGCGGUCAGGAGAACAGCCCAGGUCUUCUACAACAACAAAGGCUACCACAGUAUGCCCACCUACCUGAACGUGCUGAACAACGCCAUCCUGCGGGCCAACCUGCCCAAGAACAGAGGGAACCCCGCUGCCUACGGCAUCACAGUGACCAACCAUCCGAUGAACAAGACGAGCGCCAGCCUCUCCCUGGAUUACCUCCUGCAAGGCACGGACGUGGUCAUCGCCAUCUUCAUCAUUGUGGCCAUGUCCUUUGUGCCGGCCAGCUUCGUGGUGUUUCUGGUGGCCGAGAAGGCCACAAAAGCCAAGCACCUGCAGUUCGUGAGCGGCUGCGACCCGGUGAUCUACUGGCUGGCCAACUAUGUGUGGGACAUGCUGAAUUACCUGGUGCCGGCCACAUGCUGCAUCAUCAUCCUCUUCGUGUUCGACCUCCCAGCGUAUACAUCCCCCACCAACUUCCCAGCCGUCCUCUCGCUCUUCCUGCUCUAUGGCUGGUCCAUCACCCCCAUCAUGUACCCAGCAUCCUUCUGGUUCGAGGUGCCCAGCUCAGCAUACGUCUUCCUGAUCGUUAUCAACCUCUUCAUUGGCAUCACAGCCACUGUCGCCACCUUCCUGCUGCAGCUCUUUGAGCACGACAAGGACCUGAAGGUCGUUAACAGCUACCUGAAGAGCUGCUUCCUCAUCUUCCCCAACUACAACCUGGGCCAUGGGCUGAUGGAAAUGGCCUACAAUGAGUACAUCAAUGAAUACUAUGCCAAGAUCGGGCAGUUUGAUAAAAUGAAAUCGCCCUUUGAGUGGGACAUUGUGACCCGGGGCCUGGUCGCCAUGACAAUUGAAGGCUUCGUAGGUUUCUUCAUCACCAUCAUGUGCCAAUAUAACUUCUUCCGGAAACCACAGCGGCUUCCCGUCUCCAACAAGCCCAUUGAGGACGACAUCGAUGUGGCCAACGAACGGCACCGGGUCCUGCGCGGCGAUGCCGACAAUGACAUGCUCAAGAUUGAGAAUCUCACCAAGGUGUACAAAUCCCGCAAGAUUGGGCGCAUCCUGGCCGUGGACCGUCUGUGCGUGGGCGUGCGGCCUGGGGAGUGCUUCGGGCUGCUGGGCGUCAAUGGGGCGGGGAAGACCACCACUUUCAAGAUGCUGACUGGGGACGAGAGCACCACCGGAGGGGAGGCCUUUGUCAAUGGGCACAGCAUCCUGAAGGAACUCCUUCAGGUGCAGCAGAGCCUGGGCUACUGCCCGCAGUUUGACGCGCUGUUCGACGAGCUCACGGCGCAGGAGCACCUGGAGCUCUACACUCGGCUGCGUGGCAUCCCCUGGAAGGACGAGGAGAGGGUGGUGAAGUGGGCGAUGAAGAAGCUGGAGCUCACCAAAUACGCUGACAAGCCAGCCAGCACCUACAGCGGGGGCAACAAGAGGAAGCUGUCCACAGCCAUCGCCCUGAUUGGCUUCCCUGCCUUCAUCUUCCUGGACGAGCCGACGACGGGCAUGGACCCCAAGGCCCGGCGCUUCCUGUGGAACCUCAUCCUGGACAUCAUCAAAACAGGCCGCUCUGUUGUGCUGACAUCCCACAGCAUGGAGGAGUGCGAGGCGCUCUGCACCAGGCUGGCCAUCAUGGUGAACGGGCGACUCAAGUGCCUCGGCAGCAUCCAGCACCUGAAAAACAGGUUUGGAGAUGGCUACAUGAUCACGGUGCGGACCAAGUCCAGCCUCAGCGUCAAGGAGGUGGUGCGGUUCUUCAACAGGAACUUCCCCGAGGCCAUCCUCAAGGAGCGACACCACACCAAGGUGCAGUACCAGCUCAAGUCUGAGCAGAUCUCGCUGGCCCAGGUCUUCAGCAAGAUGGAGCAGGUGGUGGACGUGCUGGGCAUCGAGGAUUACUCCGUCAGCCAGACCACGCUUGAUAACGUGUUUGUGAAUUUUGCCAAGAAGCAAAGCGACAACCUGGAGCAGCAGGAGACCAGCCCCAACUGCUCGAUCCAGUCCCCACUGGAGCACAUCCUGAGCCUGCUGCAGCCCCGCGCCGCCCCCACCGAGCUGCGGGCCCUGGUGGUGGAGGAGCCCGAGGACCUGGAGACAGAUGACGAGGGCUUGAUCAGCUUUGAGGAGGAGAGGGCUCAGCUCUCCUUCAACACGGACACUCUCUGCUGAGGAGCCGGGGGGGAGCGAACUCUCCAGCCUAGGAGCCGCUGACUCCCCCUUGCCCGAGUGCCCCCGCCCCUCCCCGCCCUCCAUUGAGCGGCAGUCAUCCAGCGUUAGUGAGAUGGGUGGCCAUCUGCACCCGCUGCCGGCAAGGCUGGUAGCCGCCUGGAUCCUGCAGCCCGAACCAGAAGCUGACAUGGAGCUGCCAAGCAAGGCCCAGAGAGACCUGAGGGCAGAGCACUGGCCUGGAUGGACAGUGGAGGUUUCUCCCCGCCAGCCGGGCCCACAGCGACCCUCACCCUGGCCUGCAGCAGCUGAGGGGUUGCCUGCAGUGGCAGAGUGGAGAAGGGCGGGUUGCCUGGGGGGUUGCAGGAAGGUGGUGAAGAAGGAAGGACUAAAUGUACAGAGCAGACUGUGUGCGGACACCGCUUCCUUUGAUCCUUUCCGGAGGGACACGAGAGGAGCCACACCCUGCGGAGCGUGGCCGGGACUGGUGGUGUGCUUCCCCUGCCCUGCAAAGGCUGCGUCUCCGGGGUCCGGGGCGGAUUCCACGCAGUUAUCUAGUGCCGCCCCCAGAGGCAGGAGUGGGUGGCACAGCCUCAGAGAGGGAAGAUUUAUUUUUUUAAUGAUAUGACAGACGGCUCAUUGCCGCGACACCGGCCUGCCGGGGGGGAGCUGGGCUUUGCUUCCCUCGGGUAUCUGACUCGUGUGGGUUUUUUAAACAUGGGCCAGCUGCCGUGAAAUGCGGGCUUGGAGCAGGGCCGAGGGGGAGGGCUUUCCUUGCUGCCCGAGAUGGGCUGUCUCCCACCUGGAUGCCGAGGGACACCGCAAGCGACUCCCAGCCACAGCUGAGCAAUCCCAGUGCUUUGAAGGCUGCUCCCACUUGGCAAUGCGUCUGUGUACGGCUCCUCCUGAGCCUGCACUCAGCUCCCAGGCCCUGGCUGCCUGAGGGUGAGGCUGCGUUCCAGCCGCAGGGCUGGGGCUGCGGGGGCAGGCAGGAGCCACGCAUCAAGCUGCUUUCACCACCAGCCCAUCCUCAAGAGCUCCAGCCCGCAGGAGAGUCCCGCACAACCUACCCAGUAAAUCUGCUACCCCUACCCGGAGGUGGCAGGACCUCAGACCUGCUUUCUGCACCAGUGGGGAGCCAUCCUGCCACAAGGCCAGCUUGAGUUUUUCUCCAGCCCUCCCCUUUGCUAUAGAAUGCAACCAGCAUGCCAGCCACUCUCAGAUGGCCAGCUCCCCGCCCCAGGCUAACUCAGCCCCUGUUCUGGCUGGGGGGGAGAGGGGGCGUUCUCGCAUGACCUGUCCCCAGAGCAGGGCACAGAGAGCAGCCAGGGCAGAGUAGACUCACAGGGCAUUGCAUACUCUGGCCUGAUUCCCCCUCCUCUCCCCUUAUUUUAAACUAGGGAGGAAAAAAAAUCCUGGAAUCAUUUGUGGUUGAGAAGAUGGA